UCCUAGAACUUACCACCAGGAUCACUGAGCUGCUGAGCGGAGAGUUUCCUAUAAGGUGUCAGGAUGUCGCUGUCUAUUUCUCCAUGGAGGAGUGGGAGUAUUUAGAACAACACAAGGAUCUGUCCAAGGACGCCAUGAUGGAGAAUCCCCAGUCCCUCACACCACCAGAUCCGCUUAUUCCACCAUCAUUACCGCCUGUGAAAUCCAGCAUCUCGCAGAAGCCAAAAACACAAGGGAGGGCAGUCCUACAAGACAAGGGCAGGCAGUCCGACAAGACGAUCACAAGCCAUUCAUUUCGACGAUCUCGUUAUCACCUCCGAAAUACGUCUCACAGAAGCCUACAAGACGAGGGCAGGCAGUCCUGCAAGACAAGGGCAGGCAGUCCUACAAGACCAUCACAAGCCAUUCAUUUAGAAGGUGAAGACGGGUUGAGCAGCUCCCAUGGAUACUUCAAUUUAACUUCCUACCAUGAAGUAGAAGAUAAUACCACACAAGCUAAUUCAAUAACUCCUAAUGUACCCUCAGUCUUUCAAAGCGAAGAUCUUUCCACCGACACCACUCGUCACAAGAAAAUUUUAUGUAAUCAAUUACUGAUUGGCAAAACAAGAACUAAACAGAAAUGUGGGAAACAUUUAAAAAAAAAAUCUAAUCUUUCUUUGCAUAAGAGAAAUCAUCGCAAAUCAUUUUCAUGCUCUGAAUGUGGGAAAUCUUUUUCCAGGAAAUUUAUUCUAGUUGGACAUCAGAGAACUCACACAGGAGAGAAGCCUUAUUCAUGUUCAGAUUGCGGAAAAUCUUUUACCACAAAAUUCAUUCUAGUUGGACAUCAGAGGACUCACACAGGAGAGGAGCUGCAUUCAUGUUCAGAAUGUGGGAAACGUUUUAGUGUGAAAUCGCACCUUUAUAGACAUCAGAGAACUCACACUGGGGAGAAGCCAUUUCCAUGUCCUGAAUGUGGGAAGUGUUUUAGUGCGAAAUCAAAUCUUGUGGACCAUCUAAGAAUCCACUUAGGGGAGAAGCCAUUUUCAUGUUCAGAAUGUGGGAAAUGUUUUACCCGUCAAUCAAAUUUUAUUCGGCAUCAGAGAACUCACACAGGGGAGAAGCCAUUUUCAUGUUCAGAAUGUGGGAAGAGUUUUAGUACAAAAUCAUAUCUUGGUACACAUCAGAGAACUCACACAGGUGAGAAGCCAUUUUCAUGUUCAGAAUGUGGGAAGAGUUUUAGUACAAAAUCAUAUCUUGUUACACAUGAGAAAACUCACACAGGUGAGAAGCCAUUUAUGUGUCCUGAAUGUGGGAAGUGUUUUCAUGCGAAAUCAAUGCUUGUAGAACAUCAGAGAAGUCACACGGGGGCGAAGCCAUUUAUGUGUCCUGAAUGUGGGAAGUGUUGCAGUGGGAAAUCGCAACUUGUUGCACAUCAGCGAAUUCACACAGGGGAGAAGCCCUUUUUAUGCUCAGAAUGCGGUAAAUGUUUUAAUCAGAAAUCACAUCUUGCUUCACAUCAGAGAAGUCACACAGGGGAGAAGCCGUUUGUGUGUUUUGAAUGUUGGAAGUAUUUUGGUCUGAAGGCAUUGCUUAUAAAACAUCUAAGAUCUCACACAGGAGAGAAGCCAUUUUUAUGUCCAAAAUGUGGGAAGUCUUUUAGUCAGAAAUCAACUCUUUCUAGACAUGAGAGAACUCACUCAUAGGAGAAGCCAUUUAAAAUUUUAGAUAGUAGGAAAUGUGGAGCUUCAUUGUAGGACCUGCAGCCUUCUGAUUAUUAACUUAAUGUGGUUUUACAAGACUUUAAUACCGAUGACCUAGUCUCAGGAUAGGUUAUCAGUACCUGAACAAUGGAGAUUUAACAGCUGGAACGCCCACUGAUGAUCUGUUG